AAUUUCAUUCGCUUUUGGCUUUUCAGUUUUCAUAAUUUACACUUUAUAUAGUUUACACUUCAUGUUUGUCUCUGUGAUGUUUGUCACAACGUCGUGUGUUGACCUGCCAAGUGAAAGCGAAUAACGAUAAAGAUUUCACAGUACAUUUCGAUUUAUCUGCUAUCUACACAUAUCGUGUCGAAAUCAUAAAGGUGACAAAAAUAUCCUUUUGUGUUUGUGUACAGUGGAUUGGCAAAGGUGCGCAAUAAUCAUAAUUUUUGCAACAAUAGUUUUGUUUUGAUAAUCUUAUUGACAUUUGUAGCCACGCAUAGGUGAUUUAAAGUCGUGUAGGUUGUUUUGGAAGUAUUUUAGUAAUGUCUGGUGAGGAUAAAGACAUGAACGGUGAAGUGGGUUCGACGAUAAAUUCCCAAGCUUUACAAGCCGCUGACGAUGAGAAUUUGAAAUCGUGUUGGGUAUGCUUUGCGACAGAACAGGACGACAGACUUGCUGCGUGGGUUCAGCCUUGCAAAUGUAUUGGAACUACUAAGUGGGUACACCAAAGCUGCCUCCAGCGGUGGGUGGACGAAAAACAGCGAGGCAACAUCAGCAGAAAGGUCCUCUGUCCUCAAUGCAAAGCGGAGUACAUAGUCGUGUUCCCCUCGAUGGGGACGUUUGUAGCGCUCCUGGAUGCUAUGGAAGAGAUCACGCACAAGAUCAGCCCGUUCAUAGCUGGUGGUGUGCUCCUGGGAUCGAUAUAUUGGAUCGCUAUUACCUAUGGUGCUGUUACUGUUAUGCAAGUAGUCGGUCACAGAGAAGGUCUAGAGAUGAUGGAGUCAGCUGACCCGCUGGUGCUUCUCGUAUUGCUUCCCACGAUACCGGUGACGCUGAUCAGCGCCAAGAUGUACAACUGGGAGGACUCCGUGCUGCUGUUCUUGAGGAAAUACUGCGCGAAGAUACCGGCGCUCACGUACAUCCUGCCGUUUGGCAACGUCGAAGGUGACAGAGCACAGAUCGUCACAGGGCCGACGAACCCAGCAAAUCAAAAUGGCAACUCACAUUUAUCACCCACUAGAAUAUUCUGUUCCGCCCUCCUCCUCCCUACAAUUUCAACAAUUAUAGGGAAAAUUUUCUUCAGAUCAAUUAGAAAUAACCUACACAGAACAAUACUUGGCGGACUCACAUACAUCACGCUAAAAGGCGCGUUAAAAAUCUACCACAAACAAAUGCUAUACAUACGCCAUUCUAGCAGAAAAAUAUUAGACUACACAGAGUCAAAUCUCAAAUUGUACAGAAGUUCGAAUCACGUACACCCAGACUCGGUAACAACGAGAGACGAUUCUGAACAAGUCGUUUGAAAUAUAGAAAAAAAAACAAACACUAGUGCAUGAAGUACUUGCCAUAUGUAAAAAAAAACAACGACGGCCAAGGAACGACAUUGACAUUGACAUAUAAUACAGAUUAUGUAGAUUUUAACAUGACAUAACUUUUUUUACGGCGCUAGAUGGCGCUGUAACAAGUGUGAUCGGGAUAUAACGAAUGUCGUUUAUUUUGAUUUAAAAUAAAGACUUUUUGAAUGUAAAUAUUUGACUUUAUUUAUUAUAUCGUUUGCUACUUGAUUGGGAAUUAAACGAUUUAUUUGACGGUGCUGAUUUCAUUCGAUCAGUUUUUUAAAAUGUAAAUUUCGUACGUUUUUAAAAUUGGCAUGUGGGUUUAUAGUUUUUAUGUAAAUAUAUUUGGAAUGUUUGAUUUAUCAAAUUGUAUUUGUUCGUAAUGCGCAAUUUAUUCACAAUAUGGAAACUACUGAAUUAGUAUUAAUUUUGUAAUAUUACGAUAAUACUGUUUUAUUAAUUGUAUAAAUGUAUAAUAUUGUCCAAUAUAUUUUAAUAUUAAUAGAAAAUUUCUUACCUUUAAUUGUAACAUUCAACGGAUUGCAAUAGAUAAAUAAUUUAAAUGUACCUAAAUAAUGUAUAAUAAAGCAGUAAUUUAUUAAAAAAAUACAAAUGGGAUUUUUUUUGUUGUUAUUUUGGAAAAGGUCGGAAUAACAGUAAAAUAGAUAUAAUUAUAAUUACGUGUAAUAAAGAUAAAAAAUGUCUGUGUUCCGUUUUCCAUGACAUUUUAAUUAAUUACUCUUACACUGUUCUGAUGAAUUGUAUUUGUUUCAAUGAUUAAAGGAAUCAUAUCGAGCUUGUAUAAUGCUUUGCCUUUUGAUUUAACGAAAUGUUAAUAAAGCGCUUUAUACUGAA